CACAAAUUUAAAUAAAACUUUUCAAGAAUUUAAAAACUUUUUUUUUUCUUCUUCCUCUCCUCUCUAAUGGCGCUUCCACACAUACUCUCUUCAACACCAUCUUCAACUUCGUUAUCUCCGUCUCCUUCUUUCACACCAAAACCUCCUCUCUCACCGUUACGUACUAAUAGUAAUCUCCGAAGGUGUAAACUCACCUCCUUCCGAUUCUCCUCCUCUUCCUUCUCCGAGAAGCAUCACAACGCUAACAACACUCCAAAACCCGACGACGUCGUGGAGCUUCCUCUCUUCCCUCUCCCUCUCGUCCUCUUCCCCGGAGCAAUCCUCCCUCUCCAGAUCUUCGAGUUCCGUUACCGCAUCAUGAUGCAAACCCUCCUCGACUCCGACCUCCGUUUCGGCGUCGUCUACUCCGACGCCGUCUCCGGCACCGCCGCUGAGGUCGGCUGCGUCGGGGAGGUCGUCAAGCACGAGAGGCUAGUCGACGACAGGUUCUUUUUGAUAUGCAAAGGACAAGAGAGGUUUCGUGUCACGAAUCUUGUUCGGACAAAGCCUUAUCUUGUCGGAGAGGUGACGUGGCUUGAGGAUCGUCCCUCUGGGGAAGAGAAUCUUGACGCGUUGGCGGGUGAGGUGGAGGUUUUGAUGAAGGAAGUGAUUAGGUUGUCGAAUAGGUUGAAUGGGAAGGGUGAGAAGGAGGUGCAGGAUUUGAGGAGGAAUCAGUUUCCGACACCUUUCUCGUUCUUUGUCGGGAGCACGUUUGAAGGUGCGCCUAGGGAGCAGCAAGCGUUGUUGGAGUUGGAGGAUACGGCUGCGAGGUUGAAGAGGGAAAGAGAGACGUUGAGGAAUACGCUUAAUUAUUUGACUGCUGCUUCUGCUGUCAAAGAUGUUUUCCCUUCGUCCUCUUAGUGAGUAAUGAUGAUGAUGAUAAUAUCUACUGGUAGUACAUAGAACUUCUGAAUCUAUUAUGCAGUUUGAUAUAUAUGUUUUCUCCAUGUCAGUAAUUGAAUGUACAAAUGUUUAUGAAAAAAAAAUGUGAGUUCACUGCUUGAGCAAGGGUUGCCUCUAGGUGUUGGCAUUUGAUGACUGGUUUUAUGAUCUAAGAAUGGGUCAUUGGAGGGUUCAAGGUUUACCAGGAUGUGAGUCUCUUUUUUUCUCUGAAGAUCAUAAGAUCAUAUAUUCAACAAAAAAGGAUGUGAGUCUAGUCUAGUGUUGUUGGUGUGUUUAUUCAAUGAGUCAAACUACUCUUUUAUGAUGCUUCUUCUAUCGAGUUAAAUUGCUGAGGCUUUUGAUGGGCCGUGAUACAUUUUUUGCUCUGGAAUUUAGAGUACAAUUGAUUGUUGUAUGGGUAAUGGGUCCUUGAUUUGUCAAAUUGUAUGGGUUGCUGU